UGAUCCAUCGUUAAUCAAUAACCAUCAAAAAGUCUCCCAUUUUGACCUCCUACCAAUUUGCUAUUUGCCACAUACCAACCCUUGUGAUCCUUCCUUGCCCCUCUUCACUCACACACCCUUCGAAUCCUCUUACAAAUUCAUCACCAAGAUCCAAUUCCCCCCGAUUCCUCCACCACCAUGGCAGACACAACAGCACCACCGGGGCAACCCUCAACACCAUCACAACCAUCUGUAUACAUACACCCCCGACGGGAGCCCUUCGAGCAUGGCCUCAUCCCUUUACCGAAACUCAUUUUCACCGAUGGUUCACAAACCCUAACCUCCCUCCGUGACAAAUUGCUACAAUUUCCUUCUACCAACAAUCAACACCAUCGAAUUAACUCCGCCGUUGUUUCUGAAUCCCUACAGAUCUCCCCCGAACACGCCCGCCUUGUCCUUGACAUAAUUGCGUCCGUUCUUCACUCUGAUUCGGACCCGCUCGUUUCCGCGAAACCGGAUGAGGUUGAUGCCGUUGGUGUCAAUGUGUAUGAUCUGAUCAUUUUCUUGUAUAUACAGUCGUACAAGCGGUUGCUUCCUAGAGGACAUAAGGAUUCUGCUGCGGUUGCGGAUGUUUGGCCAUCUACUUCGGCUUUUGAUGGCUUUUUAUCGGCGCUUACGCCGUUACAGCUUGUUCGCAGCAAUAGCAGGAGGUCAAUGCCAUCACAAGCUGAUGAAGAAGCUCAUCAGUUAAAUUACUUACAGAAACAUUUAGGCAACAUAAUCUCUCUUCUGUCUGACUCUGUUGAAGGUGAAGGCGAAGGAGAAGAUUCAAUGGUUUUGUCAAUGGAGAAAUUUGAGCAUCUUGGGUUCCUUCUCUACUUUGGUGAAAAAGGAUUUGAGAAGCUUCCCUUGAGCCAAAACGCGCCUUUUUUUGCAAACUCAGAUCCUGAUAUGCCAGCUGCCCCUGUUCCUGCAUCUCAAGUUCAUGAUUGGAUUCUACAAAACAUUUCUGAUGCUUUAGAGCGUAUCUCUGAAAGAGCUGCUGCUAAAGAGAAUGGUCAAACCAGUCCCUCUGACCAAGAUGUUCUCAUGACUGAUGCCUCACCUAACUUCAAGUCAUCCACAAGUGCUAAAGGUCCAAGUUUUAUAGAGGGAAUUUCCAAACAAUCAUAUGUAAAACAAGCUUCUGAAAUCAAUGGAUCUUUUGUCAAGGUUGUAAAUUGCCAUGAAUCUGUUAUCUAUGUCUUGGCUCCUUUGAAAUAUGCCACCAUAUAUGGUUGCUCUGAUGCCACUAUAGUUCUUGGCCCUGUUGGAAAGGCUGUAAGAAUUGAACACUGUGAGAGAGUUCAUGUGAUUUCAGCAGCAAAACGAAUCUGUAUUGCUAAUUGUCGUGAAUGUGUAUUCUUUUUGGGAGUAAAUCAACAACCACUUAUUGUUGGUGACAACCAUAAACUACAGGUGGCACCAUACAAUACUUUUUAUCCACAAUUAGAAGAACACAUGAAGGAAGUUGGAAUUGAGGCGACUCCCAACAGAUGGGGUGAGCCUGUUGCAUUGGGCCUGAUUGAUCCACAUGAUUCUCUCUCUCAUCCUGCUGGUGGGUCCGAUUGUCAAGCUGAGUCAGCAACUCAUUUAGACCCUGAUCAGUUCACAAAUUUCUUGAUACCAAACUGGUUAGAAGGUCAAGCAUCUGGACCUACAAAAGAUAAUCCGUUUCCACUGCCGGAUGUUUAUAUGACAUGUCAGCGAAGAAAUGAAAAUAAUUUGGUGGAGGUUAAGCAGAUACUGAGAGAAGCACCACUGGAAGAUAGCAGAAAGAAAGAGUUAUCAAAUGCGCUUCAUGUGUACUUUAAGGAUUGGUUAUAUGCCUCGGGGAAUAUUAGACAGCUAUAUUGUCUGCAAGGUGAGUAGUAGGGGAAGGAAGGGUGAAAUUAGUUUGUAAUGAAGCUAAGCCCUAAGGACAUAAAGCCCUAAAUUGGGCAACGUGGUUUUGAAGUUUCUAACUGGGCAAUCUACUAUUGCCAUUUCUGUUGCAGAAUCAAGAUUGUUUUUUUCUUUUCUUUUUUUUAAAGGUGUAGUUUUCUUUGUAAUAUUUUGGUAACUCAUGAAUAGAAGAAUAAAAAAUCAAUAUUUUGUCGUA